AUGCCCCAGCUCGGACUCCUACAUUGGAGAGCCUGGACUGUGUUGCUUGGCCAGCUCCGGCGGCCGCCCGGUGCUGUGUGCAUCAGGGCAGUCCGUUCUCACAGUCAGGUUGCAGAGGCACUGUUUGCAUCCCAACUGAAACCUUAUCAAGAGAAGUCAAAUUUUAUUAUCAAGACCCCAAAGGGUACCAGAGAUCUUAGUCCCCAGCAGAUGGUGGUGAGGGAGAAAAUUCUUGAUGUGGUUGUUAGCUGCUUUAAACGUCAUGGAGCAAAGGGGUUGGAUACCCCGGCAUUUGAACUAAAGGAGGUGCUCACUGAGAAGUAUGGAGAGGACUGUGGGCUCAUCUAUGACCUGCAGGAUCAGGGCGGAGAGCUGCUGUCAUUGCGCUAUGACCUUACUGUCCCUUUUGCUCGUUAUCUGGCAAUGAAUAAAGUGAAGAAGAUGAAACGCUAUCAUGUUGGAAAAGUGUGGCGGCGGGAGAGCCCAACCAUAGCCCAAGGCCGCUACCGGGAAUUCUACCAGUGUGAUUUUGACAUUGCUGGUCAAUUUGACCCUAUGAUCCCUGAUGCAGAAUGUUUGAAGAUCAUGUGUGAAAUCCUUAGUGGAUUGCAGCUGGGGGAUUUUCUCAUUAAGGUCAAUGACCGGCGGAUUUUGGAUGGAAUAUUUACUGUCUGUGGUGUUCCUGAAAGCAAGUUCCAUGCCAUCUGCUCCUCAGUAGACAAACUAGACAAGAUGUCUUGGAAAGAUGUGAGACAUGAGAUGGUGGUAAAGAAAGGCCUGGCUCCUGAAGUGACUGAUCGAAUUGGGGAUUAUGUCCAAUGUCAUGGUGGGAUAUCCUUGGUGGAGCAAAUGUUCCAGGAUCCCAUACUAUCCCAGAACAAGCAGGCCCUAGAGGGCUUGGGAGACCUGAAGCUGCUGUUUGAAUACCUGACUUUAUUUGGAGUUGCUGAGAAGGUCUCCUUUGACCUGAGCUUGGCUCGAGGCCUGGACUACUAUACAGGAGUGAUCUAUGAAGCAGUGCUGCUACAGACCCCAGUGCAUGCUGAGGAGGAGCCACUGAAUGUGGGCAGUGUGGCUGCUGGUGGUCGCUAUGAUGGGCUGGUGGGCAUGUUUGACCCCAGAGGCCACAAGGUGCCAUGUGUGGGGCUCAGCAUUGGGGUAGAGCGAAUCUUCUCCAUUGUGGAGCAGAGGAUGAAGAUUUUUGGUGAGAAGAUACGGACUACAGAGACCCAAGUGUUUGUGGCCACACCACAGAAGAACUUUCUUCAAGAACGGUUGAAGCUAAUUGCAGAGCUUUGGGAUGCUGGGAUCAAGGCAGAGCUGAUGUAUAAGAACAACCCUAAACUACUACCCCAACUGCACUACUGUGAGAACAUGGGCAUUCCACUGGUGGUCAUUAUUGGUGAGCAAGAACUGAAGGAAGGGGUCAUCAAGCUCCGUUCAGUGGCCAGCAGGGAGGAGGUGGCCAUUAAACGGGAAAAUCUAGUGGCUGAAAUUCAGAAACGACUGUCUUGA